AUGUCCAACUCUAUCCAAGCCCCAGACCAAUUACCAUGGGACCCCAACUGCACCAGAUUUCCCCGGCUGAAUGAGCUUCCCCAAUUGCCCAAUGCACCCGAAGGCGCAGCAUGGGUUUGGGGCAAAGAUGACCAGCUAGGGAGAUUAAACCUUUUGACGCCGCAACGUGUCAAGGAAUCAGCCAAGGAAAUUCAAAGUGGAGAGCUGGUGCGACUGGAUCUUCCUCUCAACGUGCCUGCGACACCCGCCGCCGACCGCGAGGUGUUCCAGCACACUAUCAAGACCCUCAUACCAGAUAUCGCAUUCGACGACACCUACGCGUUGAACACGCAGAGUAGCACCCAGUGGGAUGGAUUCCGACACUGUGCCCACUUCCAAACCAAGCUCUUUUACAAUGGGGCCUCAAGUACUGACUUCGUCGGCGACGCGUCCAACCUCCGAUGCAGCAUCCACCACUGGGCAAACCAUGGCAUCGCCGGCCGCGGUAUCCUCCUCGAUUACCGCCACUAUGCCCUCACCCACAACAAGUCUUACGACCCCUAUACGCCCCAUGAAAUAACAUUCUCCGAACUAGAAGCUUGCGCCAAAUACCAGAAACUGAACCUCCUUCCCCAAUCCCAAGGAGGCGAUAUUCGUAUCGGCGACAUUCUUCUCAUCCGCUCGGGCUUCGUCGAGACGUAUUACGCCCAAAGUCCAGCAGAGCGCUACGCAACUGCGACGCGGUCCCAUGAGAAUCUUGAUUUUGCGGGCCUCUCACGCGAGGAAGAGAUGCGUGAAUGGUUGCAUGACUGCUAUUUUGCUGGUGUGGCGGGUGACUCGCCGACAUUCGAGGCGUGGCCUGUUCAGGGGAUGAAUCAUUUGCAUCAGAGCCUGCUUGCACUUUGGGGCAUCCCGAUUGGCGAGAUGUGGGAUUUGGAGAGACUAGCGGAAUUGUGUAGGGAGAGAGGGAGGUGGACAUUCUUCUUGACGAGUGCGCCUGCUAAUGUGCCUGGUGGUGUUGGGUCGCAUGCUAAUGCAACUGCCAUCCUAUAA